GCAUAAUGUAACAAGUAAGCAACUCAGCUCACUACAAUGCCAAACACUUCGUCACAAAAAUGGCAAUAACAAAUCCAAAAGAUACUCCAAAUAGCAUGAUCCAUACAUAUAUAAAUUCUGGGUCAACCUCAGUUUUUUAUUAUUUGAUUGUCACCAUUGUACCAAACAAAUAAAAAAUUGAAGCUUUCCCUAUUUAAAAUGAAUAAAUUUAACUACCCACAAAAGAAGCAUUAAUUGAGCUAACAACCUUAAAAGAUCCAAACUUGGAGGUGGGAAUUGAGAAAAUAAUGAGAUUAAAUGAUCAAGAAAUCAUGGUGGAAGCAGACGAAACGCAGCGUUUGAUUGACCCAGAAACUGAGCCAUUGCCAACAGCUCUUAUCAGGUGUUUGUAUGUUGGACAGUUCUUGUCAAGAUGGAGUGCAAGAAUGUGGGAAUUCUCAGUAGCUUUAUACAUGAUUAACAUCUGGCCAGACUCUUUGCUUCUUACCGCUCUAUACGGAGUCAUUGAAUCAGCUUCGGUUGCCCUCUUUGGCCCUGUAGUUGGGCAAUGGGUGAACAAAUUAACGUAUGCCAAGGUUCUUCAACUCUGGACACUAACACAGAAUGUGUCAUUUAUUGUUGCUGGAAUCACAGUAGUUAUUCUACUAGCCUACCCUGGUUUAGAGUGGAUAAUUUUUGUAUCACUGGUUAUGAUAACUUAUCUCUCAGGAGCCAUGGCAGUGCUUUCAACCCUCGCAGGAACGAUCUUGAUUGAACGAGAAUGGGUUGUUGUGAUGUCGGAAGACCAAACUUCAGGAGUUUUAACAAGGCUGAAUUCUGUUCUUAGAAGAAUUGACUUGGUGUGCAAACUAGGUGCUCCUGUGAUUUCCGGUUUUAUCAUAAGCUUUGUAUCAUUGACAGCCUCGGCUAUGUUUUUGGCUCUUUGGAAUGUCAUCUCUGUUUGUCUUGAGUACUGGUUGCUUAGCUCUGUAUAUAAUGGGAUACCGGCUUUACACAUGAAAGAUAGAAAAAGAAACGAGAUUAGUUCUUGUGAACCCAAAUCAAGCACAUCUAUUUUGGAGCAAAUGCCCAACUCGCCUAUUGAGGAUAGAAGUGGCAUUUCUUCCCCAGAAACCCAAGCAUUAGGAUGUUUUUCGAUGCUUCCGUGUCUUGGUGCUUGGAAAGUGUACUUAAAACAAGAAGUGGUGCUACCUGGACUAGCCUUGGCUUUGUUGUACUUUACUGUACUCAGCUUUGGUUCUCUGAUGACCGCUGCCCUGGAAUGGGAAGGUAUACCUGCAUAUUUGAUAGGUAUAGCUCGAGGUAUAAGUGCUAUUGUCGGAAUAACAGCAACUUUCACCUAUCCAAUACUAGAGUCUCAUAUUUCCUCUCUUAGGACGGGACUUUGGUCCAUAUGGUCUCAGUGGUCUUUUCUCCUAAUAUGUGUUGGUUCAAUAUGGGUCAAAAAUCGUAUAGCAUCAUCAUACAUGUUAAUGGUUGGCGUUGCAGCAUCCCGCUUUGGAUUAUGGAUGUUCGAUUUGGCCGUCAUCCAACAGAUGCAGGAUCAGGUGCCAGACUCGGACCGCUGUAUCGUGGGCGGGGUUCAGAAUUCCAUCCAAUCAACUAUGGAGUUACUGGGUUAUGUCAUGGGUGUAAUUGUCCCAAAUCCUAAGCAUUUUUGGGAGUUGGUUUUGAUAUCCUUCACAGCAGUAACAUGGGCUGCAAUACUCUACACAACCCACAUAUGGCGUGUACGAAGGCAUUUGUUUCAUUUUGACAAGUUGUAUCGACUAGCUCGGAGAUUUAUAGGAUCAUAGUCGUAAGUCCUACUCGAAUCCUUUUCUAGUUGCCCUUGUAAAUGAUCACCUCAUCCGAUUUUGAUGAGCUUAGAAGUUGAAGAGGUAAUACGAAGAUUAUAGAUAACAAGACUACUGAAGAACGACACGAAGAAUUUGAGAUUUACAAGAGCAUGACAAUAUAUCGGAAAUAUAUAUGUGGACGAACAUUUGAAUAGUUGUUCUUAGUUGUAGACUACGAUUAACGAUAAGGGUUGAAUAAAGUAUACUCUUUGACCUUUGUUAAGGAGGAACUCUCACGUUGUUUCUUUUUGUUCAUGUAACUUCGUUUGUAUAUCUAUAUCUAUAUAAUUGGGAUUAAGUCUUUAGCAUUAUUGUAGGUAGUUGUAUAUGAUCAUUAGAAGACUAUAAUCUUGUGGUUCAUCUUCCUUAUUUGUUCUUCAAUGCCUUUUUGGUGGGCUAAAAAGUUAUGGUAGCAAAUGCAUUUUGCUUUAAACAUUUUCUUCAAAAUUAAGGAGAAUACAAAUUUUCCACCGUUCUUUUAUCCCAACAAAUAUUUUUUUUUCUUUGGAGUAAUUUUCAUGAGAACUGAUAGUUAUUUCAGUUGGAGUAAGUCACUUUUUCAUGUUAGGUUUUG